AUGCUGUUUGCCUUGGUGCUGUGUGCGGUUGUGCUAACAGGGAGCAGCAAAGUUCAAGAUGAUGAAUGGAUUGACCCCACGGAUAUGCUCAACUACGAUGCAGCAUCUGGAAAAAUGAGGCCUUACAAGGCAAACUACCACAAGACCGAGGAUGAGACUGCAAAUGCAGUCAGCACUGAAAUCUUACCGAGUUGCUCCAGGGCAGUAGAUUCCUUGCAACAGAAGGUUGCAGACUGUGAGAAGAGGAUUGCCAAAUCCCGCGAAAGCAGAAGCUUUUACAUUUUUAAGCGGUACUUAAAUAAGAUUUUAAAUGAAGCUGGAAAACUUGGCCUACCUGAGGAAAACGUGGACCAUGUCCAUUAUGACGCUGAGAUCAUCCUUACAAAGCAGACGUAUUUGGAGAUCCUCCGGUUUCUGCAGGAGGAAACGUGGCAGUCAGGUGCUGUGGAUGAUGCACUUAGUGAUAUUUUGAUCAAUUUUAAGCACCAUGAUUAUAAAGCUUGGCACUGGAGAUUUGAAGACACUUUUGGAAUUGAGCUUUAUAAUAUGUUUCUGAUACUCUUGUGCUUAGUCUGUGUUGUGAUUGUAAUAGCUACAGAGCUCUGGACACGUAUUCACUGGUUUGUGCAGCUAAAACGAGUUUUAUUAAUAAGUUUUCUCAUCAGUUUUGCAUGGAAUUGGCUUUAUUUGUAUAAGCUGGCCUUCGCACAGCACCAAGCAGAAAUCGCGAAAAUGGGGCAGUUUGACAACGUCUGUGCUGAGAAGCUCGACUGGAGGGAAAGUCUUAUUGAAUGGCUCAGAAGUAAAUGGACAUUUCAGGAUGAUCCCUGUCAGAAGUACUACGAAACUCUAUUAGUCAAUCCUGUUUUGCUGGUUCCACCCACCAAGGCAUUGGCAAUUACUUUCACCAACUUUGUAACUGAGCCUCUGAAGCACGUAGGACAAGGUAUUGGUGAAUUCAUCAAGGCACUUAUGAAGGAGAUACCUUUUUUCCUGCAGAUUCCAGUGCUAAUUAUGAUGGCUCUGGGUGUCCUGGCUUUCUGCUAUGGUACAGGAUCAUCAGUGUCUGCUUUAAGAUCCUUAACAUCUUCUCAGAAGAGAAGCCCUCUUGCCCCUGACCAUCAACAGGACAAGAUAGACUUUGGGCAAUAUGAUGGGAGUAAAGGAGAUGGCUGUUAUUCACAGAAGCCUCUUUAUGUUUCUAGAGGACCUUAUGACAGGGAAGAUGCUCCUCUGAGACCAGGAAAUGGCAGAAGUCCUGAUGUCAUGCAUACAGGCAAUAAGCAAGAUACGCAAGUAGAAGAGUCUCACAAACCAGAACCUCGUAAUAAAUUGCGCACCGAGUCUGAAGGUUGUAGACUAGAAACUACCACAGCUGAAAACUGUACUGAAGAACAUGCACUUGCGCAGCAGAAACAGACAGGCAAAGCAGAGCAAGAGGUGGAAGAAAACUGUGAUUCUAAUAAAAACCUCAAAGAAAGGAAUUCUGCAAUGGAACAGCGUGAAGAGAAGACAAAGAGCAGCUCACAUGACUCACAGGAGGGAGACUGA